AGCCGCAAAGAAGCUUGUUGGCUCUCUUCGUCGUCGGCCGCUGACGAGAAAAAAAUUGUCUUUUUUUCAAACAGCGAAGCGGUGGCGAAUAGAAUAAUGGAGCAAAAUCGUUAUUCUAGGGUUCUGAAAGGACGGGAUGUCUGCAUAUAAAAAUCGGAUUUUUAGACAUUUUUCUCCCUAAUAAUUAUAGUGCAGAACUAGAGAUCCGAUCUCUUUACUACGUCGGAGGACUUCUAUUUCAUCAGAUUUCAAACUCCAGCUUGAACAGGAGCUGCGAGGUUGAUUUCUUGGGAUGGGUUCGAGGAGCUCCAAGCUUCUUGCUUGCUGCUGGCAUUCGAAGAAGAAGAAGUCGUCGAUUCUGGAAGCUUCGGACGCCGAGGGGGAGGAGAAGUCGGAUGGUUAUCAAUUGCAACCGUUUCAGGAGUUCUCAUUUGAGCAGCUUAGGAUUGCGACUUCAGGGUUUGCGGCGGAAAAUAUCGUUUCAGAACAUGGGGAGAAAGCUCCCAAUGUGGUUUAUAAAGGAAAGCUGGAUGCUCGGAGGAAGAUUGCUGUUAAGAGGUUUAACAGAUCUGCCUGGCCUGAUCCGCGCCAGUUCUUGGAAGAAGCAAAGGCUGUUGGCCAACUUCGAAACCACAGAUUAGUUAAUUUGCUUGGCUGCUGCUGCGAAGGUGAAGAGAGACUGCUUGUGGCGGAAUACAUGGCCAAUGAAACACUCGCCAAACACCUCUUUCACUGGGAGAAUCAACCAAUGAAAUGGCCAAUGCGACUGAGGGUCGCACUUUAUCUAGCAGAGGCCUUAGAAUAUUGCACUAGCAGCGGCCGUGAUCUUUAUCAUGAUCUUAAUGCUUAUAGAAUUCUUUUUGAUGAUGAUUGCAAUCCCAGGCUUUCGUGCUUUGGCCUCAUGAAGAAUAGUCGGGAUGGUAAAAGUUAUAGCACAAAUUUGGCAUUCACUCCUCCAGAAUAUCUGAGAACUGGAAGGAUCACACAGGAAAGUGUUAUUUACAGCUUUGGCACAUUGCUGCUUGAUAUUCUUAGCGGAAAGCAUAUUCCUCCAAGCCAUGCCUUGGAUUUGAUUAAAGAUCGAAACUUUCAUAUGCUGACGGAUUCUUGUUUGGAAGGGCAGUUUUCAAAUGAGGAUGGCACCGAACUGGUGCGCUUAGCUUCUAGGUGUUUACAAUUUGAGCAACAAGAACGGCCUAAUGUAAAAUCAUUAGUCCUUGCAUUGACUCCUCUCCAAAAGGAUGUUGAGGUUCCUUCGUAUGUUUUGAUGGAUAUGCCCCAUGGAGAUGCAUCAUCUGUCGAGUCUAUAUCACUUUCUCCGCUUGGCGAAGCUUGCCUUCGAAUGGAUCUGACCGCCAUACAUGAGAUACUGGAAAAGAUUGGGUACAAAGAUGAUGAAGGAACAGCUAAUGAGCUAUCCUUUCAAAUGUGGACAAAUCAAAUGCAAGAGACUUUGAACUCAAAGAAGAAGGGUGAUACUGCUUUCCGGGUCAAGGAUUUAAAUACUGCUAUAGAGUGCUAUAGUCAGUUCAUUGAUGUCGGAACCAUGGUUUCUCCGACCGUGUUCGCCCGUCGAAGUCUCUCUUACUUGAUGAGCGAUAAACCGCAAGAAGCUCUAAAUGACGCGAUGCAGGCCUUAGUCAUCUCUCCAACUUGGCCGACUGCGUUCUAUCUUCAAGCCGCCUCUCUUUUCGCCCUCGGAAUGGAGACCGACGCUCGAGAGGCGCUCAAAGAAGGCUCAUCUUUGGAGACGAAAAAGAGCGGAGCCUCCGGCCGCUGAACUCAUAAUAAACAACACAUACUUUCAGAUUUUGAGAAUUCGUUGUUUUUUUUUUCUUUUUUCGUUCUCGAGAAUGUUCGUCAAGUCGAUUUUCGAAGAACUAAUUCUAUCAGUUUCAGGCAUUUUGCAUGGCAUCAUUCAUUGAAUGUGGUAUGGGAAUAUUGUGCUUUGUUGUUGUUGUAUAUAUGCUGCCUGAUAUGAUUGGUUCAGUAGUGAAGGCAUUGGUGCUGUUGGUAACAUGUAUUUUUAUACUUUAGGGUGUGAUUUUAAUUGUAUUUUCAAAUGACCCCCCUAUUAUUCAGGUUCUUUUAAUAAGACUUUUGCCCUUUUUUUUGCAA